AUGCGAGGUGCCGCGACGCCCACUGACGCGCGCCGUGUUGCAGGCGCCGGCGCCGGCGGCGUCCUGGGCGGGUGGCGUCCGGCGUCGUGGGCGCUGUCGGGGCUGGCGGCGCUGGCGGCGGGCGCCGAGGCGAGCGCCGCGCGCCGCGCCAACGCUGCCGGCGCCACCGUCACCGCCACCGCCGCCGCGGACGCGCUGCCCUUCCUGGCGGAGCGCGGACUGAGCUGGCCGCCGCUGGUGCUGUGCCCGCACUGCCCGCGCCGCUGCUACCGCCAGGGCAACCUGCUGCGCCACAUGCGCGCCCGCCACCCCGAGCUGUGCGUGGGCCUGGGCCGGCCGCCCGUGCCGCUCCCGCCGCCGCCCGCGCAGCUGCUGACUCCUCCGACUCCGCCGGCGGCCCCUCGCAGCCGCGGCUCGCCCUCCCCGCCCGCGCCUCCUCUCCCGUGA